AUGGACAAAAAAUAUUGUCAGCAUCUGGAUGAAGACGAAGAUCAAGUAGAAACAAAUAAAAACAUAAAUGGAGAACCUGCGAGUAAAACACUAGAAAAGGACAGCUAUAAGGAAUCUGCAGAAAUACUGCCAAUUAUUGUUGAUAACGUGGAUGCUGAGAUAGUUAAACUAAGUACAUCCAAGAAUACAAAACAGAACAUGAAAUCGUCAGAGGAUAGUCCAAGGAAAAAGAAGCUGCGUUUGAAGCUCGCAAAAUUAAAGGCACAAAACAAAACGCUCCGCAAAACAAUCCGACGACUCCGUUUGAAGGAAAAGAAGAAGAGCAUACAAGUCAAAGAGACCAACAAACAAGAAACUUUAAAAAAAUUAGGCCGUAAGUUAUUACCACAAAGCUUUAAUAAAAUAUUAGCGGCACAAAUUGAUGCACAAUGUAAAAACAAACGUGGCAGGAGAUAUGAUCGUGAUUUUAAAAAAUUCACUUUGUCAUUGUAUUUCUUAAGUCCAAGAAAUAAAGAACUGAAGAAAACAAGGCAAUUGCAUUGCCUUCGGUACGUUCUCUACAAUUAUUUACUCAAAAGUAGAAUAUUGUGCCUGGCAUAA